AUGGAGCUUCACAAUGCUAGACGCUGUGAUGUGCCGAGCUUUCUACCUCACUUUAGCCGACAUAGCUCGACUUUGGUUCAAGCUGUUGAAGCUAAAAUCAUUAGCUCUUUCGCAGAACUCAGCGAUACCUUCCUCACCAAUUUCAUUGGCGGGAAGAAAAAGUUGAAGCUACCUACAUACUUGAACAACAUAGUGGAAAAAGAGGGAGAGCUGCUGAAAGGCUAUAUCGAACGUUUCAACUUCGAAUCGCUCCAAGUCCGGAAACAUUUGGACGAGACAGCACUCAACUCGAUCAUACGAGGCGUCAGAGACAAACCGUUUCUAGCAUUCUUGGACAAGAACCCACCUACUACUCUAGCUGAGUUCAUGGCUCGAUCAAAUAAGUACACGGAGGCCGAGGAAACCCGGAUCAUGCAUGAAGCCGCCCAAAACGCAAAAGUCCUAGCUAAAGAUUUAGCAAAGAAAGAAUUGACUCGGCCAAUGGAAAGAAGCCUAAAGAUGAUCGAACACGUGAUGAUUAAGAAAUCGAGCGACUCAUCUAAGAAGGCCAUCUCAGAGAGCACGUCGAGAAAACCGGAACUACGAAAGAACGCCCAGGUGACAGCUGACCCACGGAGGAAAUUCGAACCAUUGUCGGUGGUCCUCGACGUGGAGGCGACUCAAACAAUGCUCGGGAAAAUCAUGCCCGGAGCAUUAGUUAGCCUCCGAAAUCCUAAUCUUGGCUCGGCCUUCAAAAAAAAGAAAAUGGAGAAAUAUUGCAUAUUGUUCACCGAUGAAGACGCUCAAGGCAUUUAUCAUCCGCACGAUGAUGCAUUGGUCGUCAACCUCACUAUAGCGAACCGUAAGGUAUUCCGCAUUCUCGUUGAUACAGGAUCGUCCGCCGAUGUACUGUUCAAUCAGGCGUUUGAUAAAAUGGGUGUCGAGCGAUCAACGUUACGGCCGGUUCACACUCCCUUGAUUGGUUUCUCUAGUGGACGAACACUCCCUGAAGGAGUCAUCUCAUUGCCACUCACUGCUAGUAACUCUCCACACCAGGCGACAGUAAUGGUCGACUUUCUGAUAGUCGAUCAAUCAUCGGUUUACAACGCUAUACUCGGCCAACCCUCUCUGAGUCUUCUCCAAGCUGUGGUAUCAACGUGUCAUCUCUUCAUGAAAUUUCUGACCGAAUCGGGACUAGGAGUCGUAAGGGCGAUCAACAUGAUUCACGGCACUGCUAUGCAACAAUUGUGA